AUGGCGCCGUCUUUGCCUUCAUCGCCAUCUCCGCCAAAGAGGCCGGCUGGCAAUAAUGACAAUGACCUCACCCAAUCCCUGAAACAGCUCUCGCUUUCAACUUCAUCCCCGGCCAGAUCCCCAGCCAGAUCCCCCCGGGCCUUCAAACCUACUAUCGACAAUCCAAGCUCACCUCGUCCAACCAGUGUUCUGCGAAGUCCCUUAAAUGGCCCGUCCUCGUCAAAUGGCCUACCGUCUCGCUCCGCAACCCCGACUUUACUUCGGAAAGCAUCACUCAACUCACUACAUUCCGCCAACGGAGUCGCCCCGCAACGGCGCGCAAGCUCGGUCAACCUCAUGUCUCCGUCAGCCAGGAAGAAAUCGCCCCUCCGGAGUCUGUCACCAGAGCCUCCAGAGCGGCCAGUGCCGACGGCGAGCUCAGUUGCUAGCACAUAUUUCAAACACGAACUUGAAUCGCAUCAUGGCACGAAUCCGACUGUGGAGACUGACACUCUUGUCAUUCUCAACGAUUCCUGUUACGGCCAUCGAUACUCGCGCCCACGCACCUCGCGAGUAGCCCUGAGCACUAUUGUGGAACGGCCAGAGAGAAUCAAAGCCAGCGUGCUGGGAGUUUCCGCUGCCUAUGUCCGCCUGGGCGAGCGACAUGCCGACGGAGCUUACCCCCCGCAUCCCAGACUAGACCCAGCUUCCCUUCCCUCGAUCCCCUUCCGCAUACAGACUACUUCGCGUAGGCUCCCCCUGGUUUCACAGACGGUCACUAAUGUACACGGAACGAAGUGGAUGGAAGAGUUGAAGAUUAUGUGCGAUUUGGCAGAGACGAGGUUGGCCACGAACGGGAAAGAGCUACAGCGACCAGACAUCAGUCGUGGCCCUGACCAGGCGGCCCCGCAGAAGUUUCACGAGGGGGACCUGUACCUCUGUGCCGAGUCCCUGGAUGCCUUGGAAGGCGCACUGGGAGGUGUCUGCGAAGCAGUCGACGCCGUGUUUAAUGACCGAGGGCCCAGACGAGCUUUCGUAGCCAUCCGACCACCAGGUCACCACUGUUCCGCGUCCUACCCAUCCGGAUUUUGUUGGAUCAACAAUGUCCACGUGGGAAUUAUGCAUGCCAUCCUGAGCCACGGACUGACCCAUGCUGCUAUCAUUGACUUUGACUUGCACCACGGCGAUGGAUCACAGUCGGUCGCUUGGGACCACAAUUUAAGGAGUGUGGGCCUGUCAAAGAAUGCUGCGUGGUGGAAGAAGACUUCGAUUGGUUAUUUCAGCAUCCACGACAUCAAUUCGUACCCGUGCGAGAUGGGUGAUGAGGAGAAAGUCAAGAACGCGAGCAUCUGCGUCGAUAAUGCCCACGGGCAGACCAUCUGGAAUGUCCAUCUGCAGCCAUGGAAGACCGAAGCCGAGUUCUGGAAACUCUACGAGUCCAAGUACAUCUUGCUUCUCGACAAGGCUCGCAGCUACCUGAAGACUCAAACCGAACGCCUGCGCUCCUCGGGCCUGAACUCGAAAGCUGCCAUCUUCCUCUCGGCAGGGUUCGACGCGAGUGAAUGGGAAGGUGCUGGGAUGCAACGGCACAAUGUUAAUGUUCCGACAGAAUUCUACGCCCGCUUCACCCGCGAUGUGGUGAGGAUUGCCGCCGAAGAAGGCACGAGCGUCGAAGGUCGAAUUGUCAGUGUUCUUGAAGGGGGAUACAGCGAUCGCGCGCUCUUCUCCGGCAUUUUGAGCCACAUGAGCGGCCUGGCGGGUGACGAUCCAGUCGUCACCAAAGAUCAAGAAUACAACGGUCUGGGCUAUGAGAUGGGACAGAAGAUAGGGGCGGUGCGUGGACGAAAGGACUCAUCCGCUAGCGAGCGAGGAUCGCGCCCUUACGAGUCGUCAUGGUGGUCUCUGACUGAGCUGGAGAGCCUCGAAGCACUCAUGGCUCCUCCUCCUUCUGCAGAACCUAAGAAGCCUCGUAGGAGCAUGCCGCCAACUUAUUCUUCCCCAACACAGUCUUCCGCGGCUAAAAAGGUUGCAACUCCCAAAAUCCGCCGAAGCGCAUCGGUGCUAUCGUUGAACAAUGGUUCACCGUUGUCAGUAUCGAGGCCGCCGACGCCACCCCCACCAGAGGUGCCUUGGACCAUUGCGGCGCAUGAGCUGAGCAAACUGCUCAUACCAAGUGAGCGCCAAACAGAUAGUUGCAAGCAUGAAGAUCUCUCCGCAGAGGCGACGCGAGCGCGGCGGGAUCGGCAGGCAGCCCUUUCACAGUCUCUGCCCCCGGAUCCCUUGCCAGCAACUACUGCAGCCCCGGCUCCUGUCCGAAUGUCGUUAAGGGAGCGGAGGGCAAAGCCGAGCUUGGCCGUGGCCGAAGAAGAGGAAGAAAAGGAGCAGAAAAACAGAAGGAAGACGGUAGCAGCUUCGGGUCUCGGUACAGAAAGGGCCGCGUCUCGGGCCGGAGCUCCAAUUCCUCGUAGGCAAUCCAGCAGGCCCGGCCGACGCCUUAGUGCGGCUUCGACCGUCGUUCCGGACAAUGCCUACCGGUUGAUGCCACCUUCUACCGCCGCAAAUGGGGUUUCUAGACCGGAAACUGCGCAGAGCAUCAGACCCGAGUCGUCGAUGAGCGUCAGAACCUCAGCCGGAUCUUCACUGGCAGUUAAGAAGAUGAGAACAGCCAAGCCCGCCACGAAGGACGUGAUUAUGUGUGGCUCGGGAAUGAAGAAAAAAUCGCCACCUGCGACAGAAAGCCCGGUAACUGGACCUUCAAGCCCGGCGACAGAACCCUCUAAGACCUCUAACGGCCAGUCUACAAUGGCACAAUCGCGUCAGUCCAUGGACUCUAUGGAUAAGCUUGCAAAUGAUAUGAAAAAGAUCAAAAUCACCCUGGUCACUAAGGAGCAGCGAGAAGCGCGGGAACGAGAGCGUGCAGAGAAGGCCAAGGCGAGGGAGCAGUCUUCAGUCAGCGCCCCGGAACAGAAGCCUGUUAUCAAACUGGAAGAUCCUUUUCCAGAGCAGCCGCUUACCACUCCAACGCCCACUCUUGGAUCGUCCACUGCGACAUCUGACUUCCUCGGUCCUGAAGUGCAGCCAAAUGCACAACAAUUUGCUGCUGGGCCUUUGACAGACCCAGCCAUACCUGCCAAGGAGCAUAUUGCCGUCUGGUCCCCCCCUGCGAAUUCACAGCAAAUCCCACUUCCAAUGAGCUCCCCCGUCAACCCAAGCCCCGUUCAGUAUUCGCAACCUUCGACUCCCGAUAUGUUCAUCCCGUAUCAGCCAGAGGGACCGGCACCCGAGGCAACCCACCACCACCACCAGCAGCAGCCUCUGCAAUGGCUACCACCCAACACCUCAACUCCCUUGGCAGUGCGACGGGCCGAGUUGCCCGUCUUCACUUCCACCUCGGCAAUCCCUUUCGCCCCCCGCCCCGAUCACGAGUCAGCCGCAACACCAGCUCCAGAUAGUGGAUUACCAGUGAAGAGUGACCCAUUAUCGAUCGCUCGAUCAAUUUGGGAUCUGCCGGAGACGCCUCAGAGGUGA